GUGUGUGCGCUGAUGGUCCAGCAGCCUGCGCUGCAGUCAGCGAACCGUCAAUGGGAUACUCAGGUUAAGGACUUUUGCGGCUGCUUCGCGCGCGAAUUGUAACAUUUCUAAAGUUGAAUUUUGACACAUUUUCAACGGAGAUUUGGAGAUCACGGCGUUCAUUUCGCAUUUACGUUCUGAAGUUACACUUAUGAUUGACAAGUAUGGGUACAAUACGCGGAAUCGCUUGGGGAGAUAUCGUCGUGCUCCUGCUUGUCCUAUCUGAAGGAUCACUUGGACUUUAUUUCCCUCAAAGCGAGUACUCGGAGAGCAUCUACGUGGGACAGCAACAGGGAACACCGGUGCUUCAGAUCCAUUCCAUGCAAGAGACCCCCGCAGAGAAACCAUAUUUCUCACUGUGCUGGAGAAAUCCACAGAGACCCCCUGCUUAUGCAUCAUGGUUUCAUAUGGAUGAGACUUCUGGAGUGCUUUUAAUGAACAAAACACUAGAGUGGAGUGACUUCAGCAGCCUAUACACCAGCUCCGCCGUGGCAUUGAAGAAGCUUGCACUGAAGGUCACAGCCUCUUCAAUGCCUGUAAAAAGAACAAUGUGUAAUCUGCUACCCAAAGUAGAGGUCAGCCUGACAUUCAUCAAUGCCACGGCGCCCCCCUGUGGUCAGGUGAAGCCAGAGAAAUUGUGCUUCCCAGACAGGGAUUCAAACCCACACAUCAGAGAGAACCGUAUGCCAGGAGCCCUGCGGCAACUCCGGCGCUUCACGCGCAUGAAUGUUUGUCCCAACUACACCAUCAGUUAUGCAGUGAAAGCAGACUCGCCAGUGCCGUUUGCAGUUGAUGGGUCCACUUCAGAGCUGGUGGUUACAGCACCUGUAGACCGCGAAGAGAAAGAAGUGUACCAAUUGCUUAUAGUGUGUACAAUACAAACAGAAGAGAUGGUGGACACGCUGUUUGAUCCUCUGCAUGUCAACAUUUAUGAUGAAGACGAUAAUCCACCUUACCUGAAUGGAACAGAUACGGAAGAAGUCAUAAUAGAGUUCAACCGUAGUGAGGGCACUAUCUGUGGAUCUCUAUCUGUUUACGACCGAGACACGACUCCAGUCUAUCCCAGCGACCAAAGUCAAAAUAAAUUUGUUGGGACCUUAUUGAAUAAUGACUCCUGGAUCAAAACCACUUUCACAAUAGAACCCAAAUUUAGGGAGGAAAAGGCUGUGUUUGGUAAUGUACGCGGGACAGUUCAUGAUUACAAGCUGAAGCUCAUUCAGAACGUGUCUGUCACAGAGACUCGAUCGUUUCAGUUGGAUUAUCUCGUCAAUGACACCACUUUCCCAGGCCCAGAGGGAACUGUUCUUUUACAUUUCAAUGUUACUAUCCUGCCUGUUCCUAUUCGCUUUACCAAUAUCACCUUCGUCUUCGGUUUGUCACGGAAAUCGACAACAUACGCUCAGAUUGGGAAAGUCUGUGUGGACAAUUGUCUGAUGUUUAAGGGUAUUGAUGUUGAAUAUCAGUUGGAGAUAGCAGACAAGAACAUCUCCGCUGAUGCUCAGUCAUGCUACACUGCAGUUAGCAUCUCACAGAGCCAGAAUGAGAUGUCUGGUGUCCUCUACGUGAACGACACUGAGGCAUUACUCAGAGCUGAAUGCCAAGAGCUACAGUACGUGGUUACUGCCCAGGAACAGCAGCACCAGCUGCAGACCAGGACUCAGCUCCUCAUCAUCUUUCAGGGUGAAGCUGAUCCUAUGAGCGGGGGUGAGCAGAAGAUUUUGGCUUGUGCAGAGAGGAGACAGCGAGGGGAUUGCGAGUCGUCUCGGGGCCUGGGAGCCCCCACAGGGAGAUGCCAGUGGAGACAAGGCAGCGAUAAAGGAAUCUCAGAAAAAUAUUCCACGUGUUCGCCUGACCUACGCACAUGUCCCGAUGGUUACUGUGAUGCCAUUGAAAGCAAAGAUAUCUCCAUAUGUCCUCAGGAUUGCACCAGUCACCCCAUAAUCGGGGGUCAUGAGAAGGGCCUGUUUGGCAUCAAAGCGGGAUAUGGGACCUGCUACUGUUUUGCAGAAAAGUGCUUCUGUGAAAAAGAUGAAACAGAGGAGCCUUUUCUCUGUAGUGACACGUGUAAGACUGUCAUUGCAGCCGGCAUUCUUCUCUCCUUUGUUGUUUCCAUCCUUCUGUCUUCGUACCUCUUUCACCUUUAUCACAAGAGCACACCCAAGCCUCCCAUCGCCUCAGCUGAGAUGACUUUCCGUCGGCCGGCUCAGUCCUACCCGAUCAGUUACUCAGCCAACAAUGUUCGGCGAGCAUCUCUAGACUCCAUGGAGAAUCAAGUAGCCAUUGACACCUUCAAAAUACCAGAAGAUCCGAAGUGGGAGUUCCCAAGGAAGAACUUAGUGCUGGGGAAAACUCUGGGAGAGGGAGAGUUUGGGAAGGUUGUGAAGGCCACGGCAUUCCGUCUCAAAGGAAAAGCUGGAUACACUACAGUUGCUGCAAAAAUGUUAAAAGAGAAUGCCUCUCACAGUGAGCUUCGAGAUCUUCUGUCAGAGUUCACUUUGCUCAAGCAGGUUAAUCAUCCUCAUGUGAUAAAAAUGUAUGGAGCUUGCAGCCAGGAUGGUCCAUUAUACUUAAUUGUUGAAUAUGCCAAGUAUGGCUCACUGCGCAACUUCCUAAGAGAGAGUCGGAAAGUUGGGCCAAGCUACAUGAGUAAUGACGGCAACCGUAACUCAAGCUACUUGGAAAAUCCAGACGAGAGAGCUCUAACCAUGGGUGACCUCAUCUCCUUCGCAUGGCAGAUCUCCAGAGGAAUGCAAUACCUGGCUGAAAUGAAGCUUGUACACAGAGAUCUUGCUGCCAGGAAUGUGCUGGUGGCUGAAGGUAGGAAGAUGAAAAUUUCGGAUUUUGGUUUGUCCCGAGACGUCUAUGAGGAAGAUUCAUAUGUGAAGAGAAGCAAGGGUCGAAUUCCGGUCAAAUGGAUGGCUAUUGAGUCUUUGUUUGAUCACAUCUACACCACACAAAGUGAUGUCUGGUCUUUUGGUGUACUCUUAUGGGAAAUUGUGACGCUGGGUGGAAACCCCUACCCUGGCAUUGCCCCAGAACGCCUUUUCAACCUUCUCAAGACAGGCUACAGGAUGGAGAAACCAGAGAACUGCACAGAUGAAAUGUACAAUCUGAUGCUUCGUUGUUGGAAACAAGAGCCAGAGAAGCGUUCCACCUUCUCAGACAUAAGCAAAGAACUUGAGAAGAUGAUGGUGAAAAGCCGAGACUAUCUGGAUCUCGCGGCCUCCACGCCAGCGGAUGCACUGCUGUAUGACGACUCCCUCUCUGAAGAGGACACCCCCUUAGUGGACUGUAGUAACACCCCUCUCCCUCGAACCCUUCCCUCCACUUGGAUUGAAAACAAGCUCUAUGGCAUGUCAUACCCGAACUGGCCAGAGAAGAGCCCGGUACAGCUCAACAGACUUGAUGCCACUAACCCUGUCUUUACAAGAUAUGCCAAUGAUAGUGUUUAUGCAAACUGGAUGGCUUUGCAUUCUCCCGCAAAAAUUACGGACACGCUUGAUAGUUAAAGAUGCAGCCCAAAGUCAAUGGUGAAAAAGACAUGGGGGAAGAUGUGUAUAUUUAUAUAUGACUGUAUAUAUCUUAUAUGAUGAUAAAGUAGGUUCCCUUUUUUUGCUGUAAAACUUCUUGUGAGGGGUGGAAUGGAAUUCAAAUUGUCUGGAAUUGCAUAGAACACGCUUCAAGCAGCUCAUAGGUAAUUGUUACCACAAGGCCAGUUCGGCCAUGUUGUUUCAUUGCAUGACUUUGUACAGUUUCAUGUCCAUGUUUAAAGUGCCUGUGCCGCUUCUGUCGUGGAACACCAGUUACAAAUGCAAGACCAAGACGACCUUGGUCCCAACCAGGAAUUAAAGGGAGCUUCUUUACAAUCACUUACUGUAGAUGUUUGCCAAUGUGUUUAUUUGGCCACUUUAUUUCUUCUGGAUCAUGUGUCAGGAUAGGUUUACUUUAUAUUUUUUUAGUCAUAAAUGAUUCAUUUUGCAGUAACUUCAAGAUAUGAAAAUUGGCAACACCGAGUAUGGAUGUGUUUAAUUUAAUGUCACGUGGUGAUUACAUUUUCAUUCCUUGUAAAAGCAUUAUUUGUGCAACAAUGUCAAUGCAUACAGCUGAGUGUGAUCCCUCAUUAUGUUGUUAAAACAUUAUGUUACAAUAAAUAAAACUGUUAGAUGAUG